AUGUCGGGUCCGGCCGCUUCAAGGCGUUGUCGUAUUCAAGUGCGCCCGAAUGUUUCGGGAAUGGUUCGUACAGCUGCGAAACAGCAAAACGCUACACAACGAAAGCAACAAACUGCCACUGUGAGUGGUUCAAAAACAAAUACCGAUAGCAACGAGAAGAUCAAAUUGAACAGUUCGUCACGGCCAAAUUCACCGCUCAAAUCACCACCCUCUGGAAGUGGCACGGUCUCCUCAGAUGAAUCGACUUCCAAUUGUGGUGGCUCACCAAGACGUCAUCGUAGCACCUCCACAUCCACCACAACUACCCUCAGUCGUCAGCAAACUCCGCUCGAAAGUUCUGAAGUAGUGCCGAAGACUCGGAAACGAUUCACGGGCGAUGAGCCACUAGAUCCGAAAACAAUGACAAUGUUCGACAUGAUUUGGUGGAAUCCAAAAAAUGAUACGGCGUUGAAAAGUCGGGAAAACAAUAAAAAGGAAAACAAAGAUAUGGAACUAAGCGAUUGGCAAAAACAACAAGAAGAAGAGAAACGUCAAGCUGAAGCGGAACAAUCUUCAUCUAAGAAAGUAAAAAUAGCUGAUGAUGGAUCACUGAUCGUAGAUGAAUCGAGUUUAACGGUUGUCAAUGAACAGUCAACGAGUGCAUGGGAAACUGUGAAUGAGGAUCGUAGCGGAAGAAAAGUGACGUCAACGAGUUUUCGUAAGAGGGCAUGGCGUAAAGGAACUACUUGGAGUGAUCUCGAAACUGACCUCUUUUAUGAUAUUUUAAGGGCAACUGGACCUGAUUUUGGUUUAAUGCAUGAAUUCUUUCCCUCUCGUGCUCGAGCUGAAUUGAAAAGUAAAUUCAACAGAGAGGAAAGGACAAAUUGGGCACGACUGAAAAAGGUAUUAUCGUCACCAACGGUUCUCAAUGAUUCAUUGUUUUCUCAUGCAAAUAAUCUUUUACAAAAAAUCGGUGAGGAGACAAUUAGGAAGAAGGAACAACGAAUGACAAAAAAGGAGAAAAAAGCAGCACUUCAGGCUGCUGAAGAGGCUGAUACCGAAAGUGAAAAUGUGGAAGAGGAUUCGCCAAACAAUGCAUCUGUACAUAUCAAAAUCUUCGACCCGAAUAAUAGAGACACAUCGCAAUCGGACAGAGCAGAUGGUGCGACUGAAAAACAAACCAAUGUUACUGCUAUCCUUGCUGAACUCGGAGUGGACUUUCCUCGAUUCAGUAUCACUGAAGAACCGGAUACGGAUACUGUUUCAUUGGAGCGUAAGGAUAGUGAACUACCGUUAGUUCGUAUGCCACUGAAUACCGUUCUUACUGCAUUGCAGCAAGAUGACACUUUUCCGGAACGAAUCCUUUUCGACUGUCCUGCAACUGAUCGUCGUCCUGCGAUACAGUUCUUAUUGCAACAACGAAUGAAACCCUCAGAUCCUCCAUCUGGCUUUUUGCAUUUAUUUGGUCCUCCAAAAUGA